GCAACGAAGAAAAGUAUCUGUUAGCCUGUGGGCUGGUCUACACUCGUAAAACAACCUGCAUUCACCUUGAAACCUACACCGGCAGUCUUCAGAAGGAACAGGGGCGGCUCAACCAUUACGCAAAGCUGACCACCCUCCCAGCAGAAUGUCUGGCACGCCUGUAAAGUGUUUGACGGAGCCAUGCGUUACCAAAUGCCCGGAUGCAAAAAUGGUGAUCCACCCGCCACCGCUGGCCAUCACUUUACCGGGUCUCCGUCUCACCACAAAUCCUGGUAAGUGCCUGGUGGAAACCCAGACGUCGUGUCCCAUCAAUGGCGAGGAAGGAUCCUGCAAGGCUGUCGUCACAAAAUCGUCUGGUCUCCGAGCAAUUUCCGGGGGAGACACUCCAUGUUGCACCACCGCAUGUUCAGACUCACAGCUGGUGAUCUAUCCACCACCGGUCUGCAUUAUGUUACCUGGGGCAAUGCUCAGCAGCAAUCCCAAUGAAUGCCUCAUUGAAAGCUCAAUCCCCUGCGUCCCCAGUGAGACCCACCCACUCGCCUUAACCCGAUCGGCUUCCAAUUCUGACUGCUCUGUUCUUCCACAACGCACAACUCGCUCCACCUCGGUCCCAUGUGGGCUUCCGAGUGACAACCCAUGCGUAACACAAGGUCCGGGCUCCAAAGUGAUAAUACACCCUCCAGAGAUUGAAAUCUGCUUGCCCGGCCCCAUCGUCGAAAUUAUGGCCGCGGAGUGUGCAGUGGAAGUCUACAACCCGUGUGAUGGAAAUGCAGCGAUCACAGGCGAGGAACAAUGCGCCAUCACCAAUGGGGAUGAAGACACGGGUGAAACCAAAGCCCUGGCCACACGUGUAAAGGACUCUGCUACAAUCUGCGCACUAUUGGGUGCUUCUUCAUGCAUCUCGGAGGGACCAGAGCUGAGGAUUGUCGUCAAGCCACCUCCAUUAGAAGUAGACAUGCCCGGGCCAAUCCUUCAAGUUUUCCCUGAAACAUGCAAAGUGGAAGUCCUGAAUCCAGGCGGAUCUGAGACCCCGGCCUUGGACAGCAGUAAGCCUUAUGCGCUGUGCAACAAUGAGAUUACACCAUCAAGAGCCCUGGCCACCAGAAGGAGCUCUCUGUGUGCCAUGAAACAGCCUCUGCCGGACCUCAGAAGGCCUUCUCGCCCCUGGGGUGAGAUUUACGGCAGGUCCGUCUUGUCCAGGAGCACCAUAAAUCAGUUAUCGCGUUACUCAAAAUAUCACAAUGGCUUCAGCUCAACGAGCAAUACGAGCUCUAUGAGUUACCGGCCAUCAUACUAAACUGCUCGAGGAGAUGGUGUCACCAGGGAUGGUCAGAAGAAGAACGUGGCAAGGCUGGGUGAAUUGAUAUGCACGAACCUUAAUUUAAAUCCUUCUAAAGACUUGGACAUUAAAGAAACCAGAACUAUUUGUCAGUGUGGUGGGACUCAAUGCUAACAUGUGUGUUUUCUGUAAUACUUGGGUUGAAUUGUGAUGAAAGCACAACUGGUUAAGAACCUAGAAUCCAAUUGCUAGUACUAACUAGCGUAGACCUAUUUAAUUAAUCGUUGAAUGGUGAUUCAACGUCCAUGUAAAUCUCAUUGCUUCAAUAGGUUUAUCGUUGUUGGUCCCAGGAACAGCCUGGUGGAAACCCAGACGUCGUGUCUCAUCAGUCUAAUUCAGGAAUGUAGUAAAUCCUUCCUAACACAGCUCAGAGAGAAGCCACGCGAAUUAACGUUUACAAGCUUGUUUCCUUUUGAGCUCUGAAGACCAAUCAAUGUGACACAUUGUAAGAUUAUAUUUAAACUAAUAGUCCAAAGAAUUUAUAGAGCACAAGGUUGCCUUAUUAAUUUAAACGAGGUUGAAAAUAGAUUUACAAUGCCAGUACACACUUACAG